AUGCGUCUCGCACUCAUUUUCACGCUGGCCCUCACCGGGUCCGCGGUGGCCCUGCCCCAGGCCAAAGCACCACCCAAAGCCAGUCCAGCGCCCAAGGCCACCACCCCAGCCAAGGCGGCCCCGGCUGCCCCGGCCGCAAAGCCCGAAGACCUCACCGCAGGCUGCGCGUCGGACCCUCUCAGCCCGGACACCUGGACCAAGCUCAAGAUCAACGACGUCCUGACCGCGGCGGCGGCCAAGGUCACGGGCACCAGCAACACGGUGCAGGAGCUGGCCGGUACCUUUGGCGCGCCCAACUUCUUCUGCGGCCUCGACAGCUUUUGCAACGCCGGACAGCCGUGCACGCCCGUAGAGCUGCCGGACUGGUAUAUCCUCGUGGCUGCGCAAAACUGGAACAGCUACAUGAACUCGCUCAACACGGCCAUCACGUUCGCCUCGAGCAUCUUGAGCUUGCAACUACCCGCCAUCUCCAAUGACUUCAUCACCCAGCCGCGCGACGACGUCACGCCGCUCAACAACAUCCUCACCAUGUUUGCCACCAUACUGGGCUCCAUCCCCGUCACGGGCGACAUCAAAACCGUCGUGACGGGCGGCACGCAGGCCGUGCGCUUCAUCGCCGGCAUGACCAAGCCGCCCGCGCAGCCCGACAAGUUCCUGAGCUGGAGCGGCAUCGCCAGCUCGCUCGGCGACGUGGUCAAGGCGUACCAGGCGUCGGUGUCCAAGGCGCUGACCGCGACGCUCAACGCGCCGCUCCUCGACAAGGACGCGGGGCUGGCCACGAUCCUGGCCGACGGCGAGUUCCUGGGGGCGCGCCAGAACGUGACGGAGCAGGACGUAUCGGGGCGCGUGCUGGACGCCCUGACCGUCUACGCGGUCGGGCUGGCGCUGACGUCGCAGCGCGUUUUCGUCUCGCGCACCAUCGGGCUGGACUCGUGCGACGAGGACGCCGCGGGCGCGUCCGUGUCGGCGUGCACGGGCCCCGACGACAACGGCUUCCUCACGCAGAACCUGAUCCUGCGCGCCGACGGCGACAAGGCCCUGCCGGCGACCGACGUCGUCGACAAGCUGGCCAACAAGUACGGCAUCGACAAGCAGCAGUUCCUGCUCGACGUGGCCAAGUGCUUUGACGACAACGGCAAGGUGCAGCUCCUCAACCCCUUUGUCGACACGGCCAUCCCCGUGGACAAGAAGACCCCCUGCCUGUUCAACCUGCCCGUGUGCGACAUGGGGCCGGGUGGUGGUCAGGGGAUCGUGGACUUUUGCCGGGGCAAGGGUUUGAACCUUUGA